AUGUCAUCCAUCAUCGCAGACAGGGUCAGAGACAGAACCCUUACUCGAGAUGAUUUCAAGAACUUGACCAAUGGUGAUGAUAUCAACAACCCAGUGGAUGGCAAUACGCCCCUUGGUUAUGCCGUAUUGAAUGGCGAUGCUUACGCAACCCGCCUUCUCAUCAAUCACAAGGCCAGCGUCAAAAGAAAGUCCCCCAAUGGUCUUUCUGUGCUCCAUAUGGCAGUUGAUGCCAAGGAGAAUGCAGCCCGGGUCGUCAAGAUCCUUCUUGAGAGCCCAGACAUCAAUGUGGACGAAGAAGACGAUUCCUAUCCCCAUGACACCCCUCUUAUGCGGGCGUUGAAGAACAACCCGGAUCCUGUGAUCAUCAAAGCUCUCAAGGACCGCGGGGCUUCCGUCACAACCCCAAACAGCAAGGGUGAGACGGCGCUGGAUCUGGCAGAUCGCCUUCUAAACGUCAAAGUCAAAGAGGCUCUUAUUGACCCAGACCCUCAAAACCCAACCGGGACCUCGCUUACACGGUUCCUCGUUUCGUCAGCAUUCCUCUUGCUUGAUUACCUCACUCCCCGAAAGCCAUUGCAAGACAGUGUCAUCGCAGCCUUCAAGAUGAUCUAUGAUCAAAUUGUUGUGCCUCGCAUGCAGGCACCGGUAAGCUACUCUGAGAACAAUAAGCGAACAGAAUUAACAGAACUUUCGUCCUCGCAGGUAUCCAAAUACCCAAAAACGAAGGCAGAAUUGAAAGACAUCUUAGACGAUGUCGUGGCAACUUAUGGCUUAGAGAGUUUCUUUGGACCAAACAGUCCGGUCCUUCAGAGCAUUCUCCUCCAGGCUUAUACGGUCGUGAAUGAUCCAAGUCUCAACCUGCUUCUUACUUCUCAAGUCGUGAGUUCACAGUUUCAUAUGGCCUUAUAUCAGCCUAUCAUCUAUUGCGAUGACAGCGGCUCUAUGAAAGAGGAAAACCGAUGGCCAUCGCAAGCCGAUAUCGUCAGCGAAAUUGCGACUACAAUGUCAUUGUUCUCGACAAAUGAGAAGGGAGCUCAUGUCCGCUUCAUCAACAAAUCUAGCGCUGGUUUGGACAACCUGAAGGGAGAGCCUCUCAAAGCUCAAAUGAACUUUGUUCCUGACGGCAGCACCAAGAUUGGGACUAACCUGAACAGCAAGAUUCUUGAGCCGUUCAUCUACAGCAAGACCAAUGCAGGAGACGCUUUUGAGCGCCCAAUCCUUGUCAUCAUCAUCACUGACGGGUGGCCUACAGAAGAGCCUGUAGACACCUUACAGAACGCCAUCAUUGCCUGCCAGCAGAGGUUACAAGCUGCCAAUCAUCCCCGCGAUGCUGUUCUCUUUUCAGCCAACCAGAUCGGCAAUGCUCCCCAAGCCGCCCAAUUCCUGAGCGACUUAAUGGCAGUAAGCAAACGGCCGGAAUUUGACGGCGUGCUCCGUGUCUCAGCAGGUGAGCAUAUCAUAAUGGGUCAGAGAAUAUUGCGCGUUGCUAAUCCUAUUCCAGACAAACUGGACGCCAAAUUCCAAGAGCUGAGAAACAACAAAGCCACGCUUCAGUAUUGGAUUGACUCCGUUCUGUUUGGCCCUUAA